AUGGCUUUGAUACAAAAGAACAUCUGCUGUCGGCAACGAACGAGAAAAGAAGUCGUCUACGAUGAUUGUGAACUCGAGGACUCCUUGUCCCAAGGUGACUGGCACAUCGAGGAGGACCCCACUGGACUACGAUAUGCUGCUCAGAGGAUUACGAACCUUUGCCGACUGACGCUGAAUGAAGCCCAGCCUCAAGAACAAGCUGGAUUCCGUCAGGGGUUCAGCUGCUUGGACCACAACCAGACCGUGUUAAGGGUCGUAGAGGUUUGCCGGGAAUACCGCCUGCCCCUUCUUCUAACUUUUGUCGACCAUGAGAAAGCCUUCGACAGCGUAGAAACGAAUGCAAUACUGUCAGCGCUGGUCGAUCAUGUUGUGGACGCGACAGAAGAAAGAAAAGACGUUGGAAAUGAUGUGAAGCAGAUUGUGAAGAGAGACAUUGAUAAAGACUAUUCGGUGGACCAUAAUCCUACUGCUGGUGAUAAGACCGAAGAGGACGAGGACGAUCCGAUGCGAACAAAGGGCAACGAUGAUGAUAAUAUGAUUCCUGAGGGAGAUGUUCGGACUAGGGCCUCGGUUGUGGUCGGUGGUACUUGUCAGAAAGUCGACAAAAAAUACAACUGUGCUGAAGAAGAUGUUGUUCCCGUGUUCCAAAUUAACAGACGAGCUUUGUCAUUGCAUGAUGAAAAGCGAUGGCAGCUACGAGAGAUAUUUGGCAAAGCCAGCUCAGCAUUCCACUCAUUGACCAAGUAUUUGUGGUCGACCCCUAACGCCAACAAAGACAAACUGCGAGCCUACCUACCCGCAAUUCGCCCACUCAUGAUGGACAGAAUUCCGCUGCACCGUCGAAGAUGA